GAGGAGGGGGGAGCGGGCUCGCUUCGUUUGCGGCCUAGGGCAGGAUAGAGACGGGGCCCUGAGGUGGAGCGCUCUGAAUCGUUGUCAUAUUUUGUUGUUGUUGUUGUAAUUAAGCUCAGCAUAUACACACACACACACAACAGCAAUCACCGCUUGAGUGUAGCGAAGUUGACAUUGCAGAGGAGCCAACAUGGGCUCCGUGCAUGCCAAGGCGCUGGAGCCGAUCCCGAUGGAUGGGCCGGAGCAUCAUAGUGCCUUCCAUGAGGGCUCCAUGCUGGACGACCCUGGGGUGGAAACCAAGCAGGAGGUCUUGGAUAACAAGCAGGUCCUUGUGCAAAACGUGAGCAUCCAGGGUCUGGAGAGAACCAAGGAUGACUACAUCAUGCAUGAGAUCUCCGAUGUGUUCAACGCCACCAGCCUCGUUGAAGUCAUGCAGAAGUCGCACGAGGCUCGGGAGAAGAUGCUGCGCCUGGGGAUUUUCCGUCACGUGGAGGUGCUGAUCGACACCGCCAAGGGUCCCGGGGCCCAACCCGAUGGACUGGAUAUUAACUUCGAGGUGGUGGAGAUGCGUCGCCUCACCGGUAGUUACAACACCAUGGUGGGGAACAAUGAGGGCAGCAUGGUGCUAGGCCUGAGGCUGCCCAACUUGUUUGGCCGAGCGGAGAAGCUGACCUUCCAGUUUUCCUAUGGCACCAAGGAGACAUCUUAUGGCCUGUCGUUCUUCAAGCCACAGACCGGCUGCUUUGAGCGCAACCUCUCGGCCAGCGUGUACAAGAUCACGGGGCAGUUCCCCUGGAGCUCGUUGCGCCAGACGGACAGGGGCGUCUCCCUGGACCUCAACUUCCCGCUGUGGAGGACGCGGCACUGCGUGCGGUGGGAGGGCGCGUGGCGUGAGCUGGGCUGCUUGGCGCGCACCGCUUCGUUUGCCGUGCGCCAGGAGAGCGGCCACUCCCUCAAGUCGUCCGUCUCGCACACGAUGGUGUUUGACACCCGCAACGCGUCCAUCCUUCCCACGCGAGGGUUGCUGCUCAAAGUGAACCAGGAACUGGCCGGGUACACAGGCGGCGAUGUGAAAUUCCUGAAAGAGGACUUCGAGCUGCAACUCAACAAGAAGCUGCUGUGGGAUUCGGUGCUGUCUGCGUCGCUAUGGGGUGGGAUGCUCAUGCCGAUUGGAGAUCGGCCGUCUUCCAUCGCUGACAGGUAUUUCCUGGGAGGCGCCACCACCGUUCGAGGAUUCAGCAUGUACAGCAUUGGCCCCCAGAGUGAAGGGGACUACCUGGGCGGUGAGGCCUACUGGGCGGCCGGCCUGCACCUGUACACGCCGCUGCCGUUCCGGCCCGGCCACGGAGGCUUCGGGGACCUCUUCCACGCGCACUUCUUCCUCAACGCCGGAAACCUGUGCAACCUCAACUACGAAGAGGGACCCCGCUCGCAGCUGGCGCGCCUGGCGGACGGCCUGCGCUGUUCGUACGGCGCCGGCAUACUGCUGCGGCUGGGAAACAUCGCGCGUCUUGAACUCAACUACUGCAUCCCUGCCUGCGUGCAGCCGGGAGACAGGAUUUGCGACGGGAUUCAGUUUGGCGCAGGAAUCCGCUUCCUCUAAGGACGCACGCCGCCGUACGUGACCACCCCCGUGCGACGUGGACCCCGUGGCGUCCGCCCCCCCGCCCCACACACCACAGGUGUCUUCAAAGCUGCCCGCGGGAGUGUGCGUUUUGACAGCCCCCUUUUAUUUAGCGACACGCAAUGAAUGCCUGAGCAGAGGUGAAGUUAGUGGGUUAAGCGCGCGCGGUGAGGAGCAAAUAUACGUAGCACGCAGGCCUUUUGAACAAUCGCACUGGCUGAUGGGUUUUCUCGGAUGAAAGUGUAAGGUCUUUGCGAAGAAUUGAGGCUUGCUCGUGUAAAGUCAACGGCCUUUUAUUAACCCAGGUGAGAGUCCAUCGCCAACUUGUUGCCUGUUGUGAAAAGGGAAACUGAUUAACAAGAGUGGCGAUGUGGGCUUGUUUAUUUUUGCGGUUAUUUGGCACUUUCAGUAAAAUAUUUGGUUUGAUUAUAAAACACUGAAGGCGCUGCUUAAUGGUCUACUCAUUAAAAAAUAUAUAUAUCUUUGGAAACUCCCUCGCAAAAUUCUACAAAUUGUUACCCUUGGAAUCCCAUCCUUUGUGACUUUGUUGCAACCUGGGCUGGUGGGUCAGUGUUACUGCUAGGCCAUUGUGGUUGGGCCAUGCAGCUGCCCCUAAACAUCCAAAGUGGGGAAUGUAGAAUCGUGUGUUCACUUUGCCCCAGUGUACGCGCACUAAAAAAUAACCCUUUCGAGGGUCUAAAUGAGCAACCAGGGAGAUGUGAACUUUCGACUCGGGCACUGGGAAACCCCAAACGUGUUUUAUCCCAGCCUCUGCGGAAGUCCUGCGUGGUCGCAGAUACGGGCGUUCUGAAGUAAUUUUCCCUUUUAACUUAUGCACUCAUCUUGAAAUUAAUCGGUGGAAUGAAUCAUAUUAAAAGUUACGUUCAAACCAAAUAUUAAAAGUGUUUCUCUGUUGUCAAAGUGACACUCAAUAAACACAAACCUACCGAG